UUCAUGUUUUCAGCGUUUACCAUGAUUUGAUUGGCCGCUGUUCCCUCCUUUGUUUACCUGCAUACUUUUUUUUUAUUGGGGGGUUACAUUUUUUUUUUCAACUUGAAUGGAGAUCUCGAACGAACCACCCGUCAAACGACCUCUUACGAUGAGUCAAAGUGAUGCAGAUACUACGAAAAAGCCUAAAUCAGAUAGUGACGUUUUAACCGCCAAACAAAAAAAGAAGGCAGCCAGAGCCCGUAAACUGGGCCUCGCUUACGAGUUUGUAAACGAUGAACUUGUUAUUCAUCCCAAGAUCUUUUUCAAACCAUUGAACGAUUUUGCGUCCAUGAAGGAUGCGCGUGGUUUACUGUUGACAGCUUUAUCACGUAAACAAUCCAAACUUGCCGAGAUACCUGAUUUCCCUGGAAUAUUACCCAUUCGUAAAACCAUUUUGAUCGAUGUACCUAUUUACGAUCCCAACGAGAUGGGUCUGCCCAUGGAAGCCCGUGUCUUGUCACAAACAAGCGCCCCACUUGUUUACCAACAGAUGACCCAAGAUCCUCUUUUCCCUUUUAUUCAACAAGACGUCUUGGGUCUUAUCAGUGCUGCAGGGUUUGAUCAGUAUAAGCGAGUUCAUGAUCGUUUCCUGGAUCUGUUAGAAGUACCCUUAUCUAAAGGUGAAUUGAAAAAGAAACGAGAAGAAGAAGAUAAAGACCCGGAUCAAAAAAGAGCUAUUGUCCCUGAAGUUUUGUUGAUGGAAAAGGAUACACUCAAAUUUGAAGAUUUUCCUAUUCCCAAAGUCAUGGACCCCGAGAGUGAGUUGGAAGAUGGUUGGGUUGAUACAUUACCUGGUACUGGAUUACAACCCAAAAAUCUGGUGGCAUUGGAUUGUGAGAUGUGUAAAACCGUCGAUGGGUAUGCUGUUACAAGAGUAGCUCUUAUCGAUCGAAACCACAAUCAACUGAUCAAUGAAUUUGUGAUGCCAAGCGAAGAAAUUACAGACUACGUGACACACAUCAGUGGUGUGAGUGCGGAAUCUCUCAAGGGUGUCAGCACAACACUCGCAGAUAUACAAAAAAAGAUCCAGACAUACGUGACAGAUGAUACAAUUCUUGUGGGUCAUGGUUUAGUGAAUGAUAUGAAAUGCCUCAAGAUGCGCCACCCCCAUAUCAUUGAUACAGCUGUGAUUUACCAUCAUAAAAAUGGACCUCCUUAUAAGCCCUCAUUGCGUGAUUUGACUACACGUUACCUGAAGCGCACCAUCCAAGUCCGCGAUGAAGACAAAAAGCCAGGUGAUGUACAAGGCCAUGAUCCAUGUGAAGAUGCUAUUGCCAGUUUAGAAUUACUGGAACGAAAAUUAGUUUAUGGUUUGAAUUAUGGAUUGGCAGGACUUUCGCAGGUAGAAACCGUCCUGGAUUAUUUAAGUAGAAAUGGACAGACAGGUGCGGUGAUCGAAGCACAUGCCCCUUUAAGCAUGUUGAUGAAGAGAAAAUUGGCAGAACAUGAGUGUUAUUAUUCUCUGGAUACAGAUGAACAAGUGGCGGAUAAAGUGAUUGAACAACAUGCACAAAAACAACUUGUUAUCGCACGAUUAGAGUUGCCUCAACCCACUGAACAAGAAAGAAGAGUCAAGUUCAUGCAAUUGUUUCAAAACAUAUAUCAGCACAUGGAGCAGGAUACAGCAUUUUGUAUCACCACAGGUUAUAGAAGCAAUGCACGACGUGAAGCACUUCGCGAGAAGCGUGUGGAUUAUAAAAAGAAAUUGAAGCAAGUUGGCCUGUCCGAGAUUCCAAUGGAAGAGCGUUGGAGUAUCGAGGAUGAACAUGAGUUGGAACAAAUAGCCGAUGCAACUCGUCGUGGCUUUAUUUUCGCAUCUGUUAAACAAUAAAUUCGCAUCCCUUUUUGGCAUUUUGACAGCUCAGACGAUGACUUAUUAUUUUU